AAUGAAUCGUCUUUAAACCCUCAGCAUCGGUGAAACCAAUAAAUUAGAGCAUAGAAGGGUCGCGAAGAAGACAGCAAUCUCUGCACCGCUCCUUCGGUUGUAUCCUCUUCCGCAAGUGAUUUCAGUGGUGGUUUGGAAUGGCUGGAGGUGCUUCGGCUUCUGGUGGGGCGGGGAAUGCUGUGAGGAUUGUGGUUGCGGGCGACACCAAGACGGGAAAGUCGAGUUUAAUAGUUACAGCAGCUGCGGAAAACUUCCCGAGCAAUGUUCCUCCGGUGCUGCCGCCGACCAGGCUUCCGGAGGAUUUGUACCCGGACCGUGUUCCCCUUAUCAUUAUCGAUACUUCGUCCAGUACCGAGAAUAGAGGCAGACUUGUUGAGGAACUAACAAAAGCGGAUGCUGUUGUGCUGACGUAUGCGUGUGACAGAUCAGAAACUCUUGAAAGAUUAAGUUCCUAUUGGCUUCCGGAACUCCGGAGAUUAGAGGUUAAAGUUCCUGUGAUUGUGGUGGGUUGCAUGUUGGAUAGGAGAAAUGAUCAACAGCCUGUUAGUCUGGAGCAGGUUAUGUCACCAAUAAUGCAACAAUUCCGGGAGAUCGAAACUUGUAUUGAAUGUUCUGCACUCAAUCAUAUUCAGAUCCCUGAGGUGUUCUACUAUGCACAGAAAGCUGUGCUUCAUCCAACUGCUCCACUAUUUGAUCAAGAACAACAAGUUCUGAAACCUCGGUGUGUGAGGGCUUUAAAAAGGAUCUUUAUUCUUUGUGAUCAUGACCGAGAUGGUGCCCUAAGUGAUGCUGAGUUGAAUGAUUUUCAGGUCAAGUGUUUCAAUGCUCCCCUACAACCCUCUGAAAUAGUAGGCGUAAAAAGGGUAGUUCAAGAGAAAUUGCGAGAAGGUGUUGAUGAUCGUGGACUUACGUUGACGGGCUUUCUGUUUCUCCAUGCUCUUUUUAUCGAGAAGGGGCGCUUGGAGACAACCUGGACUGUCCUAAGGAAAUUUGGAUAUAACAAUGAAAUAAGACUUCGCGAUGAUCAAUUACCGCCACCUAUAAAGAAAUAUCCUGACCAGAGUGUGGAGCUUACCGCCGAGGCUCUGGAUUUUCUCAAGAAAAUCUUCACCACCUAUGAUGUUGAUGGUGAUGGAGCCCUUCGAUCUGCUGAGCUCGAGGAUUUGUUUUCAACAGCACCUGAAAAUCCUUGGAAUGAAGCUCCGUAUGUGGAUGCUGCGGAAAAGACUGCUCUUGGAGGUCUGACACUGGAUGGGUUUUUAUCACUGUGGGCCCUCAUGACACUUCUGGAUCCAAUUCGUACUGUGGAAACACUUAUAUACAUAGGUUAUUGUGGUGAUGCCUCAUCCUCUAUCCGUGUAACUCGAAGAAGACGUGUGGAUCGAAAGAAGCAACAAACAGAAAGAACUGUCUAUCAGUGUUUUGUUUUUGGACCAAAAGAAGCUGGAAAGUCUGCUUUAUUGAACUCUUUUAUCGGAAGGCCAUUCCCUGAAGAACAUGUACCUACAACUGGUGAACGAUAUGCUGUUAAUUUUAUCGAUCGAACCACAGGGCCUAAAAAGAUUCUUGUGUUGCGAGAGAUUCCCGAGGAGGUGGAUUUACUAUCUAAGAAGGAUGCUCUUGCUGCAUGUGAUGUAGCUAUCUUUGUUCAUGACAGUUCUAGUGAAUCUUCGUGGGAGAAAGCAACAGACAUGCUCGUGGAUGUUGCCAGUCAAGGUGAAGCUACUGGUUACGAGGUGCCCUGUCUCAUUGUUGCUGCCAAAGACGAUCUUGAUCCCUAUCCAACAGAAAUUCAAGAUUCAACCAGGGUAAGCCAGGAUAUGGGGAUAGAGGCGCCAAUCCCCCUCAGCGCAAAGCUGGGAGAUUACAGCAACAUAUUCCAAAGGAUCGUGAGAGCAGCAGAACACCCUCAUUUAAGCAUUCCCGAGACAUCAGCGGGAAGAACCCGUAAGCAGUAUCACCGGAUUAUCAACCGCUCCCUCAUGGUUGUAUCGGUUGGGGCUGCUGCGGCACUUGUUGGCCUAGCUGCAUAUCGCGUCUAUGCUGCAAGAAAGAAUGCAUCAAAUUAGGAUCGGGGAUUCGAACACCUCUCCUCAAUAUCAUCCUGUAACUCUCUCUCUCCUCCACAUUUGUUUAGGGAGUUUAUAGGGAUGCAUAUAUGGUGUGAAACCAAAUUCUCAACUCUUUUUUUUUUAUUAUUAUUAAUUUUCCGAUAACAUGAUUCGACAUGCCGUGGUGCCUUAGUGUUCAUUGCUCCCCUAUUUGUGAAUUUUUGGUAAAAGUAUGAAGUAUUGCAUGCACAGUUUGUAUAAAUUUUGGUCUUAUAUUAGGGUAUUUACAAACGCCA